UAUUUUUCUAUGAAGUUGGCAUUCUUCUCGUAGAGUAUUAUUGUUCUGUGGUCGUGAGCAAGUCGUGAGAGAUUUGAUAGGCUGGAGAGAUUUGAUAUGUAUACGGUUUACUGACAAAGUAAUUUAAUAAAAAAAUGUCUUCAAAAGUUGCUGUAGUAACAGGAGCAAAUAAAGGUAUCGGAUACGCUAUAGUACGCGGUCUCUGCAAAAGGUUUGACGGCGUCGUUUACCUUACAUCUCGUGAUGAAGAACGUGGAAAACAAGCAGUGUCUAACCUAAAUAAAGAAGGUUUGAAACCUUGUUACCACCAGUUAGAUAUCAAUGACACCAAAAGCAUUGAAACCUUCAGAGAUUACAUUAAAGAUAACCAUGGCGGGAUCGACGUUUUAGUGAACAAUGCCGCCAUUGCGUUCAAGAGUAAUGCAACAGAGCCGGUGAGCGUUCAGGCUGAGCAGACUGUUGGUAUAAACUAUUUUUCUGUGUUGAACACUUGCGAGAUCCUUUUCCCCAUAGUUAGAAACGGUGGUAGAGUUGUAAACAUAUCAAGUUCUGCUGGUCAUUUGAGUAAUAUACCGAGUGCGACACUCAGAAGUCGUCUAGCUAACCCAAACCUUACUAUACCACAGCUUUCGGAAUUAAUGAAACAAUACAUUGAAGCAGCUAAACAAGGCACUCAUGCUGCUGAAUGGGGUAAUUCAACAUAUGUAGUAUCAAAGGUUGGUUUGACUGCACUCACAAUGAUUCAACAAAGAAUGCUUAAUGAUAGAGAUAUUAAAGUGAAUGCAGUUCAUCCUGGUUAUGUGGACACUGACAUGACUUCACACAAGGGAACCCUGAGUAUUGACGAAGGUGCGGUAGCACCAUUGUACCUUGCUCUCGAUGCACCGGACACAGUCAGGGGACAGUACAUGUGGUGUGAUAAGAGAAUUGUUGACUGGGUUGAAAAGAAACCACUGGAGUAAUAUUAAUUAUUAAUUACAUUGUGUCAACAUUUCAGAGUCAAUAGCAGGGUUCAAUAUAUUAGGGUUUUUUUUAAAUAUAAUGUUAAAUAAUAAUUUAGUCUGUUCCUACAGUAGGAAAAAAUAGACAAUGAUUCAUAGUAUUAUGCGAUAAUAAAUGAUACAUACCAUAGAUAAGAAAUUAGUUUUUUUAUUACUUAUUUUAUAUUCCUAUAUCUUAUGAAUUAAUUUUGUCCUUUUAUAAAAUGGUAAACGUAUUUAGUGUUGUGUACAGAAAUUUUUUUUGUGUAAUUAAUUAUUUGUAAUGCGUAUUUAUCAUCUAAUUAUUGUUUUUUGAUUAAAUUAUUUCUGAAAAUGGGUUAAGGUAUAGUUGUAGUUUAAUCAAUAUUUAUUAAGUGAUUUUUUAUCAAGAUUAUCUUUAGUUUUUUUUAUAGUCUGGUGAAGUGCCUUUCCAUAUGUAAUUAAGUUAAAUGAUAAUAAUGUUGCAGUAAGUAUUUUCUUAUUUGGUUUAUAUAACGUCCAUCAUAUAUUUUUGUAUAGCUUUG